GCGCAGGGGGAGCGGCGGCGGCGGGGACGGCUCCCGGGCAGGAUGCGGGCUGCGGAGGACCUGACACUUCUUGGAAACUCUUGGAAAUGGCUCCCGCCUCGGCAGCGGAGGGGCCCGCGCACCCGGGGCGGCCGCCUGCCCCCGCCGGGCUGCUGAGCCGCGUUCGGCCGGAGGCCCCGAGGCGCGCUCCCUGCGCCCCGCCGUCGGCCCGGGCUGAGAAAAGUUUCUCCAUGGUUCCUUUGUGUCGCCCGAGCGCCCGAGCGCCGGCCGCGAGCUGCCCCAGCCUUCCCGGUCUUGCUACCCGGAGCCAAAGCUGCCUUAUCGAAGAGAAAUACAAGUGGGUAUCCUCCUCCUCAAAUAUGCUCAGCCUCCUGCUGCACCUGAUCAAUGCCCAGCCAAAUGCUAGCCCUUCCCUAACCUCUGGGAGAGCCACCCUGCCAACUGAGCCUAGCUUUGUUUCUAAAAUGUCUGGCUCUUAAAUCCUCAAAAUAACCGCAGAUCUCCAGAUUAUUGCAUUAAAGAUGCUGUAGUCUAGGGAUCACUUAAAACAGCAGUCUCUAUGUUACAACUACACAAUAAAUGUGCUUAUUUUGGGGGGUGACAGAUGAACAGUAGCUACUCUUUUUUUUUUUUUUUUUUUUUACAAUCUGUACUUACUGGUGCAGCCUCUACUUAAAACAAAAUUUUAAAGGCGUAUAGAUGUAUUCUCUCUACCAACCCCUCCCAAAACUACCUAGUAUUUCUCUUCUCUGCAACCAAGUUCCAAGGAGACAUUGGUUUGCAAACAUUGUAAAGAGCUGAUUACCGUUUGCUUUUCCACCAGUGGAGAAAAGAUUCUGCCUAGAUUGACAUAAUGGAGGGAUCAAGGGCCAAAGCUCUUUACCCAGGCACCAAUUAAAAGCAAAAUUCUUCCUAAGUAAUCCCACAUUUUCAAAGGGUAAUUUAUUCUAAAACAUGAAUUAUUUCAUAAAGGAUAAAAUACCAAAAGGCUUGUGAGUGAUAUCAGAGCCUUUCAAAUUCAUACAAUGCCUCAAUUUUAGCAUCUCUGUUAUAGGAGGGAACACAACCAAUGGAACAGAAAAUGUUUUACUCUGGGGAUCCAGCAGGAUUGAGAUUUUUAGAAGCUCACAGAUAUCCACAAAGAUACAUCUGUGCAUUUACCUACCCGGGCUGUAUUAUAAACGACUAAACUUCCUAUAGGAUAGUCCAUUGAUUGUUGCCACCCUACCUUCCUAAAAAUGACCUCAUGAGAGAAAGAUGAAGAAAAAACAAGCUCUCACUUGUGGGGAUGUCAUUCAACAAAUCAUCAUUAUUAUGUAGACUGCUAUACCUAGUUAAUUACCUACUUAUUUGAAUAUUAGGAUUCUGAAGAGUGCUGUUGGCACAUUAAAAAGGGGUCAGAAAGCUAUUAUGGGAGAGUGGCUGUUGGUUUUUUUUUUUUUUUCUUUUUAAGAUUGUAAUUUUCCCACAGGAGAAAAAAAAAAAAGAUCUUAGAGAUUCUAAGGGACUUCUCAAAGUCUCUGAUGAGAUUUAGCACAUGAUACCUUUAAGGGAGUUCCUCUGGGGGAGGAGAGGAGGCCAGAAGGAAGAGCUCAGUUACAUAACCAGUUACCUAAAACUAAAUAUUCCACCCCAAGAAGCUGUCCAGAUGUUUCAAAAAAAAAAAAAAAAAAGAGAUGAGGAAAAGGCUGCUUGCCUGUAGCUGUAGAAACAGCAAGCGGUGGGAAACAACUUUGUGGAGGGAUUUAUUGUCAGAAGAGUGACGUCGUUCUAGUGUUGUCCCCAAAAUGAACUCUUUAUUAUCUGCAGUAAAUAAGUCGUCUGCCUGCCAGUAUGUGACCUUUAAUUUUCAUCCAGUGAUGAAAAUUGCCUUUGUCUUUAUAAAAUAAUAACUUUUGUGACUGUUUUAGUGACUUUGGGCUAAACAUUAACAAAUUCCUCUGCUGAGAGCCUUGAGCCUCCUGUACAGCUCCCGUGGCAAGCUUCUGAUUCCCACAGGACAAAGGGAGAGGCUUUUGCCAGGGAAGUCCUCAACCACCGCUCUGAGUCCCCACAUUUGGUUUCUACUAAUGCAGGAGGAGGUGGCGGAGCAGCUAGUGGGCAGCUGGCGCCCCCACUACGCAAGCCUCCGCCCCGGAGACUAGCCCCGCGCGGCCCCGGCUCACCAUGAUCGCCACCGGCGGCCUCCUGAGGAUUUCCGCCAGAAAGCAGGAUCCCCUCCGCCCCCCAGGCCAGGUCCCCAAGCGCAAGCGGAAAGCCAAGAGAAGGCGCAAGAACGACGUGGUGGUGGUGAAAGGCAAGCUAAAGCUGUGCUCCAUCUCGGGGCUCAUCGCCCUCUGCGGGAUCCUGGUGCUGCUGGUGGGCAUAGCCAUGGCCGUGGUGGGCUACUGGCCCAAGGCCAACGGGACCGGCAGGGACGGGGCUAAGCAGCUGCCGCCCGCCGCCAGCGGCCACCGCGUCCCCACCGUGGCCAACAGCAGCAGCAGCAGCGGUGGCAGCCGAAACCGGUCCAGGAGCCCCCUGGGGGCUCGGGGGGGCGCCAACUCCAGUGCGGCGGGCGCGCCCCGAAGCACGCCGCCCGCGCGGUCCGCCGCCCCUGCGGCCUCGUCCCCGUCUGCGGGUCUCUUCUUCCGCCUCUUCUCGGGGUACCUGCACUCCGACAAGCUCAAGGUCUUCGGGCCCCUCAUCAUGGGCAUCGGCAUCUUCCUCUUCAUCUGCGCCAACGCGGUGCUCCACGAGAACCGGGACAGGAAGACCAAGAUCAUCAACCUGCGGGACCUCUACUCCACCGUCAUCGACGUGCACAGCCUCCGCGCCAAGGACCUGGCCGCCGCCGCCGCCGCCGCCGCCGCCUCGGCCCCCGCCCCCGCCCCCGCCCCCGCCGCGGCGCCCCCCGGAGCCCCGCCGCUCAACGGCUUCCUCAGCUACGUGCAGUCGCGGGGCCUGGAGCUGAAGCCCGGGGGCGGCGGCGGCGGCGGCGGCGGCGGCGGCGGCGGCGGCGGCGGCUGCGCGGGGGACGCCUUCGGGGCGGCGGCGGUGCUGGCCCGGGGCUCGUGGCCCCCCCCGGGCCCGGUGGGCGGCGGCGGCGGCGGCGGGGCCAAGGGCGCCGCGUCCCCGCCCGACCUGGCCUCGUCCCCGCGCUGCCCGCGGGAGCCCCCGAGCCUGGCGGAGGCGGUGUACAGCAUCUACCGCGAGCGCUCGGGCGCGGCCGGCCGUCGCCGGGCCGCCGCCGCCGCCGCCGCCGCCGCCGCCGCCGCCGCCGCCGCCGCCACCGCCGCCGCGCCCGCCAGCAGGGGCGGCAGCCCGGCGCCCUGCAGCCCACCCGAGAGCUGGGGGCGCCAGAGCACCGCCAGCUCCCUCGUGGACUCCUCGCUGAGCGCCUUCGCGCUCCUGCCCUUGCACGGGGACCGCGACGGGGACGCGGACGGGGACGCGGACGGGGACGCCGACGCGGGCGGGGAGGGCGCGAGCUGCAGCUGGCACAGGCCGCCCGGGGAACGUGGCUCUCGGGAGAUCCCGCGGGGCGAGCCCGACCUGAGCCUCACCGACCUCCGCGGCGGCCCGGGCGGCACGCGCUGGGCGCCGGGAGAGCUGGGGGAGCCCGAGGGCGCGGCGGCGGCGGCGGCGGCGGCGGCGGCGGUGGCGGUGGCGGCGGCAGCGCGCGCCGCCAGGGGGCAGGGCGGCCGCCUGCCCAGGACCGGCAGGUACGCGGCCGUGCGGCGCCGCAGCACCAGCGGGCUCCCGGACUACCGGGCGCCGCCGUCCCCCGAGCCGCCCCCCGCCCCGCACGGCGCGGAGCUGGACCCGAGCCCUCUGGCGCGAGCUGCCUCCCGCUCCCCGCCCCCCGCCGGGCCGGCCUCGCCGAGCUCGGGGUCCGGGUCGGGGUCGGGGUCGGGGUCGGCCGGCGCGCCCCGCUGCCAGAAGGGCCCCGCCGGCCCGCGGGAGGCCGGCCCCUCUGCAGAGUCGGCCCCGCGAGCGGCGGCCCGUCCGAGCGCAGACUGCGAGGCCGCCGCGGCCCCGGGUGCGCCGCAGAGCCCCGGGGGGAGCCCCGGGGGGGGCCCCGGCCGGGGGCGCCCCGCGGCCCAGCCCCCUCCGCCCGCGCAGAGGCACUUUACAAACAAGGAGAAACUUUUCAUGAUCUCCCGCUCCCGCGCCGUAGCGGUAGAGGACGGAGACCCGGAAAGCACUGGCAUUUAGGGAGAGGAGCAGCGAGAGCGCGGGAAGGAGCCAGAAUUGGGGAACCGCCCACUUGAAUCGGCGAGUUUAACCUUUCCCUGGUUCCUCGUGGACGUACCCGAGGAAAUCAUCCAACACCCAAAGAGCUGCGGAAUGUUAUCCUUGAAUUGCGUUCACGAGAUUCCUGUAGAUAACUCCAAGCAAUUAUUAUUAUUUUUUAAAAAAGCAAACUAGUCUUUUAUGUCCGAUGGUGAUUGUACGUUCCAUGAAAACCAAAUGUAUUAAAAGGUCAGCAAUCUAGUUCAUUAGAUAAAACUCUCUUAAUUUUCUUAGGAUCAAAAUAAUAUAUAUUUUUUUGAGAGUGACUGCACUUUACUCCAACUGCCCCCCGCCCCCACCCCCUUUAACCCAACCCUGUCCUCUGCCACUGGUUUUGUCCGUCGCUGCUUGUGAAUGACAAGCUUUCCUUCUCCUGUGCUUUUGCGGAGCAUAGAAGGGUUUGUCUGAGUUCGUUGAGAACUGACCUUCCUGAAGGAAGUCAAAGCCAGAAGCAAGAGUGUGUGUGUCAGGGAAGAGCACUUUCCUUGCCCCGCCCCUACUCUGCUCCCAACAGCCCAAAGGCCUCUUUAUUUUUUAAAAGGGUAUUUACAUUUUGCUACUAGGGUAUCUAAUGGAGAAGGGGAGGGGCAGCAUCCAGAUGGAUUGUUACAUCCCUAAGUACACUCUACCAAGUACACAAUACUUUAUUGAGUAUUAUCACUCCUGUAUUGCAAAUAGCGUUAUUAAAAAUCUUUUUUUAAUAAAAGAAGUUUCCAAACAAAGAGUUAAACAUAAUAUCGCUUCAUUUUGCCUUGGAACUAAUACUUCUAACACACAUGCAGCAUCGAACAGGUCAGCUGGUAAAUCUAAAAUAUUUUGCUAUGUCACUAUAUAUGAUUGUAGCUAUCCUCCCUCCAAUGCUCCACGUUAUCAUGACUCCACCCGUUUCCAGUAUAUUUUUAACUUUUAAAUAUAAGGUAGUAUUGAACAUUUGGGAGUUUCUCUUUCAAAUAGAAUGAAACAUUCAAUAAAUAGUGAUUUUCCGUAAUACUUCCAAGUUUACCUCAAAGUAUUAAUCUACAGAGCACCAGGCUUAUUAAUGGCCCCUUUUCAUCCUCUUGGAUUUUUUUACUUACUUGGUUUUGGUUUUAAGUUCAUGAUCUUGACUCCAUGGCCUACGUAGGCUAAAAAGGUAAUGUUUUAAUAAUUUGGUAGGUAGUUUACACUUGGUUUUACUAAAAGUCAAUUAGUUACUUUUCAAGAACAGUAAACAAUGUACCUUUCUGAUGCCCUCUCCCUUUGGAUGUGAAGGCUGAGAAUCUCAAGAGUGGUAUUACUUUUCUUUUGGCCAUUCGGGCAUGAGGCUAUCACUGUAGGAGGCUCAAAUACUGAUUUUAAAGGAAAACCAGUCAACGAUGUGGUCGUGUUAGUCCCCAUGGAUGAAGCAGUGGAAAGAGAGCAGAUUCAGGAGUGAGACUAGGCCCCUAGCUCUCAGCAUUUGCUAGCUGUGUAGCUUUGAACAGUCACAAAUGCUGAGUCUCAGUCAUUCAUUCUAUCAAAUGGGGAUAACUAGACAUACCUCAUGGAGGUAUGAGGGGGUGGGCAAGGAGUUAUGCUACAGAGGGGAGCAGAGUACCUGGCUCAGACUGCGUAUUCAGUAAAUGGUUAUUGUAAUUAUUAUUAUUAUCGUUAUAAUAAGUUGUCUGCAUGCACGCUGUAGAAGAAUAACCCUUCAAGUUGAGCUCAAGAAAGCCUGGCUAAAAUCUGGAAUAUCCACUUACUAUCUGCAUAACCUUAGGCAAAAAACUUAAUCCCUCUGGGUCUCUGGUGGAUGAUAGAGUCCCUCCGAUUGCCUUCAGCUCUAGAAGCUUUACUUCAUUUCAGGGUAUUUGUUUUGUCCUGGGUAUAAUCAUAUUUGUACAUACAACCUUGCAAAGUGAAUAUACUUUGCAAACUACCAUUUUAGUGUGACAUUCUGUAAUCCAUUUAAAAGGACCUAAUUUAUUUCCAGAUUGGAUCUGUAAUUAAUCUUAUCAACUCACUCUAAAGCUGUGGAUUCACUUAUUUGGCUCUUCUAUAGGACAAGUGAGUUUCCACUAGUAAGAGCAACAAGCAAGUGUAAUGAUACCUCCAGAUAGUGUUAAAUUUCAUUGGCCUCUAUUGUUUUAUCAUACUUCCCCCCCCCCCUCAAUUUGUAAUUUCCCUAGUUUCUCUUCUCCAUUAUCUUGUAUAAUGGGUAAUACACUGAGAGAGUUUGGCGGGUUGUUUUAAAGGGAAAACAGGCGCCAGUGCUCUAAAAUCCUGUUUCCAGUCCUCAGAAAAUGCACUGUAAGGCAUUUAGCAAAUUAUAAAGCCACUACCUCUUAAUUUAACUAGAGAGGUGGAGAGAAUAAUAUUUAUCCCUUAUAAAUAAUAUUUAUCCCUUGUCUUAGAAAGUUCAGUCCAACCAAAUGACUAGAGUUAACAAUACUGAUCGCCUACUUAUAUAAAACAGAUUAAACACUUGUAGUUUGUAUUGAUCUUGUGGACUCAGAUCCUCAGAAAUUAAAUAACUUUGGUAAACUAGCUUAGUAUCAAAUCAAAUCUAUCUUAUCCAUUUAGCAAUUUGACUAGAUCUUUUUUUGUGUUUUCCCCUGAAGAUAAAGAAGUCUAAGCUCAGUUUUUCAAGCCUUGGGAGGAGCUCAGGCUUUCAUCAGACCUCAGAAAGAAUCCUCUGCGAUUAUGAAGGUGGUAAUUUAUAAUCUUCCCUUUCAGAGGAUCAGAGAUCUGCAAUAAUGCUAGAUUUCUACUCACUACUUACUGUGGGCCAAGUUCUGUCCUACAUGCUUUAUGUAUAUAUCACCUCAAUUACCCCUCAUGGCAGCUCUAGUGAAGUAACCUUAUAGUCCCCAUUUUACAGAGAAAGAUACUGAGGUCAGGAUGGUGGAGGGCUCGCCCAGGUUACACACCUGCUAAAUGGAGGAGCCAGGAUUUAUUUUUUAUUUUUUAUUUUUUUAAAUUUUUAUUUAUUUAUGAUAGUCACAGAGAGAGAGAGAGAGGCAGAGAGGCAGAGACACAGGCAGAGGGAGAAGCAGGCUCCAUGCACCGGGAGCCCGAUGUGGGACUCGAUCCCGGGUCUCCAGGAUCGCGCCCUGGACCAAAGGCAGGCGCCAAACUGCUGCGCCACCCAGGGAUCCCAGGAGCCAGGAUUUAUACAGAGUUCUGAGGAUUAUCUGGAUCUGUUGGCAGAUGCAGAACUGAAAUUGGCAUUUCUGGAGACCAUCAGAAUAUUUUCUACCUUCUUAGCUUCCUGCUAAAUCCUUUCCCAGAAACUGUACUUAAGAGACUUGCAGAGAAGUGUUAGGAGGCACAGCCAGUUUAAAAGCUGGAAUCUGUGUUUAAGUGUUCAGGGUGGCAUGAACAAGGUUUUUCUCCAUGUGACUUGGCAGGAAUUAUUGGGCUCAAAUCAAUCAGGAUUAUUAGGAGGGACUUUAGAGAUCGUGGAAUUUAUCCCCCCUUUAUAAAUGAGGUUGCUAAGAAUUAGAAAGAUGGGACAAUUUGUUCAAAGGUAAACAGUGGCAGGACUAGAAAGCUAAAAUAAUUCCAGCCGUUGACACAUGCAUCCAUCCUCCCCCACCGCCCCAUAUUUCUACCCUGUACUAACUAGUUGGGUGACAGUGGGCAAGCUACUUAGCCUCUCUGUGUCUCAAUUUCCUUUUCCAUCCAAUGGGAAUAAUAAUAUUCCCUACCUCUCAGGACCUGACCAAAGAUUCAAAGAAUUACUAUCUGUGUAGAGCAUUUGGGACUUGGCCCAUGGAGAGUGUCAUAAAAAGUUUUACUUAAAAUAGAAUUAAUCUGUUAAAAUCAUUUUGUAUUACCUUCCUUUUUAUUAAUGGAAUAAUUUCAGGUUUAAAAAUCUAAAGUAUGAGGCAACAAAGCAUGACUUGGAUGGGGGGGGGGGGUGUCACAUAACCUUUACCUGAGUUUCCACAUCUAUUAGGUGGAGAGAAUAAAGAGCAUCUGACUCAUGAAAUGAAUUAUUUAAAUGAGGCCUAAAUAAACUAAUAUCCUCAAAGAACUUAGAAUCACUCCUGGCACAAAUAAACCUUCAGUCAAUGUUAGCUGCUAUUUUUAAGGCAAAAUACAGAAAAUUAAUUAGUAGGCUAAAUAUACUACUCACUUGUUAGGGACAAACUUACCCUGCAUUGAGAAGUCUUUAUAUAGUUUAAAUAUAUUAGGAAGAAAAAUUGGACCUCAAGAAAUGAGAAGCUCGGCCCCUGCAAUGUCCCCAGUAGAACACAGAACUACUGAGAGCUAGGUACGGGCCCUCACGGUCCCAUUGUCAUAACAUUAUAUAGUUAUGAAAGUGGCCACAAACUGCUUACAUGGCUCUAUUUCAUGAGUAUUCCUUUCCGACCAGGAGGCUGGCUGAAUCAGGAAGGCCGGGCUAGCCCUGCAGUCCAGGCCCCUUUCUGUUAGAGGAGCGACCUGGGAGGAUUGCUCCAGUGAAGACCUACAUGGGGCAGGGGCCUGUUGGUCUAUUUACAUUUCUAGACAAAAGGUUUUUUUCCAUACUGGUUUUCUCUUUAGUCAUUUUGAUUUCUUUUUGAAGAUGGGGUUUUGAAUUUUUCUUUUUGAGUUACAGAGCUUAAAAAAAAAAAAAAGCCCUCCAACAACAUAAAAUUAGAACAAACAAAGUUGAUGAAUGUGCAUUUGGUCAGAAUAGCAUUUUUGUCAAGAUACAAAAACACAUUUUACGUUCAAAUAAAGAGUAGGAUUGAUAUUUGUGGAGUUUGUUUUCUAUAAAUCCAGACUAUUUAUUUUUUAUUUUUCGGGUAAAAAUCACUGGGUGAAUAUUUAGACUAAGUUUUUGAAUGACUAGCUCUGAAAAGCAUUUGGAGACUUGUUUCUCUUCUUAGGGAAAUCAUCUUUGAGGUUUCUUUUUUUUUUUCUUCCUUCAAAAAAGAAAGUCUCUUUAAAUGGAUGUGCAAAUUGUUUGUUUUUUAUAUAUUAAGUCAUCACAAAUUGAGGGGUCCAUUUGCAUUCACAACUUUAGUCAAACACUGCCUGCCACUCGCCAAACCAAGUGAGUUUCUUAUUAUGUGUGUCAUCUAUUUCUUUAUGAUGUCAGAAAAGCACUGGGCUGUGGAUCUAUAUAUGGUCAUGAGACACAGUCGGAGUUAUAAAUGACUGCCCUCCUGGGAAUUUAGCCUUCACCCCUGAGCUGGGGGGCACGUUAGGAUUUCUACCACCUGAAAAUAUAUUUAUUCAACUUUAAACUGACUCUCAACCCACCCCAUCAAUAAUGCCAGCCUAUGUUAUGGCCCUGUAUGACAAACAGGAUGGGCGGCUGAUUCAUUGCUAAGAGAACAGAGUGUUUCCUGCUCGUGAUGUUGCCAGUCAAAAGACUAAAAAAGCUUAUGCAAAUUCACCUGCAAUAUCAUGAAGCAGCAUGCACCUGUCUCAAUAACCUUCAUGGCUUUACCUUUGCUUCAGACUCCACGCUGUGACUGAGCCCCAUUAAGGGCAAGAAGGUUGACUGUCAAUCACAAGGGAGGAAAAUAGGAAGCAGACCCAGAGGUGGAAGAAAAGGAGUCCUGUGAAAAAAGAACAAAAAAACAUGAAAUAAGAUUGAAGUCACAAUGAAAGCUUUUUGUUUCACAUAUGAGUAUGUGGUCAUUUGGUUUGGAGAUCAUGGGUUUGUAGACAAGUGUCUUAAAAUGAAACAUUACAGUCACUUUUAUUCCUUAGAAAAUAUUUUUUCAGCAAAUGCAUGGUUGGACAUUAAUUUGUAUAGUUUUCAAUAUUUCAGAAAUUCAGUGCCACAUUGUGUCACUGACACAAAUCCACUUAUUCUAAGAAUUGCUAAACAUCUAAUUUUGUUUGCUAAUGGAAAAGAAAUGGGAAGAUAUAAAAAAAUUGGUCUUACAUUGAGAAAUUUGAGUAUCUUUAUGUCUAUACUUUCAAAGGAUGAAAAUAUCAGUUAUAAUUGGUGUAUUAGGUCAACUGAAGCAAGGCAGGCAAAAAAAAAAAAUUCUUUGCGUUAGUGUAGGUCUUUGGCCAUUGCUUUGUUUUAUGUGGUAACUGCCUUAUUACUCUGUUUUUCAGACAUAACUGAAAAGAAAUAAUUUCUUUUCACUUGUAGGAGUAAACAGCUUUGUCUGAGGCAGUGAGUUGCCCUUUCAGUAAAAUACAUACUUCAUUUUGGGUUAAAUUGUUCUAUCUCUCUUUCAAGAUACAUUUUUAACUGCCUAUCAUAAGUCAGGCAGCACUUUGUUGGGUGGAAAGGAUUAAACUUUAAGACACAAUUCCAGAUCACCGGAUCUUGCAGAUCUUCUUGACACAGGCGCAUAACCGAUGAUUUGAAUAUAAUGUAAGUGUCACGAGUAUCAUGAUGUGGACCCUGGCAGAUGAAUCUUGAGAAAUGAAGAAAAUGUCAGCGAGGUGCAAGAAGGUAGGAAUGAUGUGUCAAACAGUGGAAUCAGCAUGAGCAACUACAUGGACACAACACAAUUCAGCAAGCUAGAUAUGUUUCAUAAGACAACUAUACUUGACUUUCCCUAGAAUCCCCACAACUUCAGAGGGACAUGUUUAUUUUGAAAAAACAAAAAACAACAAAAGCCCAAUCUAUUUGUCUAUCUAUCUCCUUUUAUCAGUAGUAGAAACAUUCGGAAUUAAGGUGGAAGUGAUUUGGGCAUUAAAAUACUCCAAAUGUCUAUUCUUUACCAUUAGACAUUUAAUUAUUCCCCAUUUGUAACUGACUUCAACUAGCAAGAAUUCUUUCCUGAGAGGUAUCAGUACAUGGAUGUUUAUUCCAUAUUCUCAUUGGAACUAAACUAUAUUUAUGAGCAAGAAUGAUUUGUGCUGAGUUAUAUACUGCUUUAAAAUAACAAUUUAAUUUUAAUGUUCAAGUCCUGGAAAUCAUUUCUCUAGAUGUGUUAUAAAGGGCUAAAGCUGAGUGGGGAACCUGCCAUUUGGCAAUGUUUGUGUGUUUCCGGCAUGCUGGAUAAUGUUGCCUUGAUCCCUGUGCUGUGAGCGUUGGAAACAGCAUAAACUUGAGGAUAUCUUAGUGCAGGGCAUUUUUACAGAACUUAGACAUGGUAACUGAAUGUAUUUCUAUGUCAAUUUGCAAAAUCAUUUAUAUCAGAUCAAAAAUAAUUUAUCCUUGUUAAUUAAGCAUCCCAUUUGGAUUUUUUCUCACAUCCAUGUUCUUAGCAAAAAUAAAAAUUAUUUCAGGCCUAGUUAUCCUUUUGCAAAUGUGUAUGAGAUAUACACCAAAAAGACCAUGCUUUCUAAUUUCUAAACAGGCAAUAAUUUGGGGAUGGUUACUGAAACCAGAUUCAGCCAGAAUAAUGGUUCGACACUGUAUGAGUGCAGCCUAAUAAUUCAUUUACUCACCAAGCUGCUGACUAAAAGAUAGCUCCCCCCCAAGAAAAUCUACUUUUCAAUAUAAAUAUUCUAUUAAAGUAAACAAAAAUAUAGUAUCCUUCUGUUUUUUGGAAUUCCCCACAUUUGUUUCCUCCAGGCUCUUUUUUAGUGCUUAAAACAGUGAAGGCAAAAAUAUAUAAUGUGUUUAUUCUUUUUUCUAAUCCACAAAAGUGAGAAUUUUGCAAAAGCGCUUUCCCUUGCACAUAAAGUUCAACAGAUAUUAUCAAUUGCGGUUUUAUUGUCAGAGCCACUAAAUAAAUCUUUCAUAGAGAUAUAUUUAUGGGUAAGAGGCUUAUAAUUUGGAAAUACUGAUAGAUAAAGUACUAUGGCUAAUACAGCAUAGUAAAUGAUGCCAGGAAGCAAAUUGAAUUCUUGAUAGAGCAAGAAAAUUCAAAAGACUAAUUUGGUGACCUAACUGCUAAUCCUUCUGCUUAUAUAACCACACAUCUCAAUGUGUUUGGAGCACAAAAUAUUACCUCAGUGCUUGCACAUUUGAUUGUACAAUUUCUUCCAUUUGUAUCCUUAAUUUCCUUUCAGUUUCAUGCCUGAGAACAUUUCUUGAAUUAUCAGUCUUGCUUGCUUGGGAUUACUACUUUAGAAAAAAAAAAAAAAAAGAAUGCAUUUAUAA